AUGGCGCGGGCACGAGCGAAUUUCGCCAUCAAAACAUGGGAUGAGAUCGAAUUGAGGAUGAUGAUGGAAGAGGAAGAAGCCAACGACUUCUGCAGCGACGAUAAUGCAAUCAAAGAGGAAGAGCUGACGGGCAUGGUGGACUGCGUGCGGGAGGGCUUGGUCCGGCUCGUCCCUGAAUUCACCAAAGCCCCUAGGAUCUCCACCUUAUCGCUUCAUCUGUCGGCCACAGCCAGCGAGAUCAAGGCUCAGCUGGAGGGCGUCACUGUAGCGUGUGCCGACAAGAACCUCCUUGUCCUCUUCACUGGCCCCGAUUCCCUCUACCAUGCUUCCUCUAGGCACUACCUAGUCUACGAUGAUGACACUGACACCUUCGUCGUCGCCCCUCAGAUCGACUCUGAAUAG